UAUUUCAAAACAUUCCACGAUCUCUAAAAAUUCAAAAACUUUUUAAUGAGCAAACAACAUUUUCAGAGUCAUAAUCAAAACAGAAAUAAAUGGAAAGGAUAUAAUAAUACUUCAUCCAAUGCAGGUAAUGUUGAAAUUGGUUCAUUUGUACAUGCUUGCGAGGGAGAAAUGUUAUAUGCAUCAACACAUACAAAAAUACCGUACUUUAAUGCCACCAUAUAUCUUAAAAAUAAUUGUUUGAUUGGAAAAGUUGAUGAAGUUCUUGGACCAAUAAAUCAGGUAUAUUUUACUGUUAAACCACAGGAAGGCAUUGUUGCGACUUCAUUUAAUCCAGGAGACAAAGUAUAUAUUGAAAACGAUAAACUUUUGCCUCUUGAGCGAUUUUUAUCACAGCCUAAACCUGCCAUUGCAAAAAAAAAACAUGGUAUGUUUCAAGCUGGUAAUCAAGCCAAAGGUAACAGGUUUCAUCAAAAAUUCAAUAAGAAAGAUAGAUCCUCAAUGGGCAAUCGAAAGAAUUUUGGAUCUUUUAGAAAACCUAAAGCUGGCCAAAGAAAUUUUAAACGCAAUCGCUAAAAAAGCUUUAAAAAAAUAGCUUUAAAAUAAAAAAUCUAACCGAAAA